AUGGAACACCAAGCCCCACCAACCCUCCAGCGGCUAGCGGUAGUGAGCCUACUGAAGAAGGAGGCCUUGGCCAUUUCUGCUGUGGCGGGCUUGCCUGUGUCGCUGUUCCCAGCAACAUUUGAGGUGGCCUUCAGGAACAAUCAGACCAACAUCCUGCGGGCCAUGGUGCCUGCCUGGCCAUUCACAUGCCUUCCUUUAGGAGCCCUGAUGAAGACCCCACACCUGGAGACUUUGAAGGCUCUGCUUGAUGGACUAGAUAUGCUGAUUACAGAGGAGGCUUGCCCUAGCCGCGGGAAAAUCAGAGUGCUGGAUUUGACAAAUAGGUAUUUCUGUACCAAAUGGACUGGACCCUGUGACGGGGACUUCUCUCAUCAGUCCACGAGACAGAAGAAGCCAGUGGAGACGUGUCCUUACUCGGGAGUAAAGAAAUAUUUAAAUGUCAUAACUGACCUAAGAAUUAUGGAGAGUGAGUGUGAUGAAUGUACCACAUACUUGUGGCAAUGGGCCCAGCAGAGAAAAAAUUCUGUUCAUUUAUGCUGUCGAAAGCUUGAGAUUUUGACAUCAGCCUACUUUCCCAUUGCCAUAGACUUCUUAAAGUCUGUAGAUCUCCACUGUGUAAGGGAGUUGAACAUGAGAUAUAUAUUGAUAAAAGACAUGGCUUCUUUUGGACCGUACCUGAGACAGAUGAGAAACCUCCACACACUCAGUUUGCUGUACAUUGAGAAGGAUUCAAGCAUCGGUGAAUCUGAACAGCUGGAAGAGGAGUGCAAGAACAAAUUGGUAUCACAGUUACCCAAAUUCCACUGUCUCCAGCAUCUCUAUAUCCACUAUUCUAAUGCUCUAGUUGGCAGCCUGGCUGAUUGUCUCAGGUGCCUGAAGAAGCCCUUGGAGAGCCUGUCCAUCACUCUCUGUUACCUCAUACAGAGAGACUUGGAUUACCUGCCCCGGUGCCUGAACCUUUCAGUGCUUAAACAUCUUGACCUGUCUAACACAAUGUUGGACAGGUGUGUUAAGCCACUUGGUGAUCUCCUUGAGGGAGUGAAAGACACCUUGCAAGCUCUGUACCUGGUCGGAUGUGGGCUGAAGGAUUCUCAGUUUAGUGCUUUGAUGCCUGCCCUGAGUCAAUGCUCCCAGCUCCUCAAGAUGGAUUUCUACAUGAAUGAACUGUCUCUACCUGUCCUGAAGCAACUGCUUCACCACGCAGCCAAGCUGAACAAGCUAAGCGAAGAGAGAUACCCCGUCCCUCUGGAGUGCUAUGACGGGUGCCGAGUGCUUAUACACAUAUUUGAUGAACUUGGUCCUGAGCUUCUGGAUAUACUCAGGUCUGAAAGACAGCCCAAGGCAGCCUCUUUUGAAGCAGCCGUCUGCCCUACAUGUUAUCUGCGCUAUGUCUAUGACCUGAAGGGCAGUCGUUGCUGGGGAAAACCUGAGGCACGUUGCAGCGUGAUGCCGAGGGAAUACUGGUAUGAGCUAUGGAUGAAAUCCUUUGGUAUUGCACCUUGA